GGCUGGGAAGAUGAAAUCGGGCCACGUCCGGGGGAGAGGAAGGGGCUGAGGCUGCGAGCGAGGCAGGGAGCCAGGCAGGCGGCGGAGGGAGGCUGGGCAGAAGGGCAGCGGGCCCGCGGCGGCCAGAGGAGGGCUCGCUCCGGCAUCCCGCGCCUUAGAUGCCCCCCGCGCGGGCAGCGGCGGCGGCCGCGGGCACCAUGAGGAGUGGGCGGCAUCAGCCUGCCUCGGGAGCAGCCGCCCGGGGCUGGGCACUGCUCUGCCUCUGCGCCCUGCUCCCCGGGGGCCACGGCACCUCUUGGAACUUCGGGGGAGCCGCCCAGUUCUCCCGCCGCAGGAACUGGUGCUCGUACAUCGUGACGCGGACUGUCUCCUGCCACGUCCAGAAUGGCACCUACCUGCAAAGGGUCCUGCAGAGCUGCCGCUGGCCCAUGAGCUGCCCUGGCAACAGCUACAGAACGGUGGUGAGACCAACAUACAAGGUGGUGUAUAAGACAGUGACGUCUUUGGAGUGGAAGUGCUGUCCAGGUCACUCGGGGACCAACUGUGAAGAAGAUGUCAUCGGUUCCCUGGAGCCCGGGUGGCAGGGUCCCUCACUGCGCCGAAUGGACCUUCAUCCCACAGCAUCUUCAGGUUGUUUAAACUGCAGCAAGGUGGCUGAGCUGACAGAACGGCUGAAGGUGCUGGAGGACAAGGUGUCAGUGCUAGCAGUAACCGAGCAGUCGGCAUCCCUGCCCCUUGGGGCUUCACGGGAGGCCAAAGGGACCCAGUGGGGUCCCAGUGGGGACCCAACCCUGCUGUGGGGGUUGCCAGCUGCCCAGGGGAGCCCUGGAGAUGAAGGAGCCAGAGGCCGAGGAGGUCUUCCUGGACCACCAGGGCCUUCUGGCCCCAAAGGAGAUGCAGGGAGCCGGGGCCCAACAGGAGUGCCUGGGUUGAAGGGCCCUGCUGGGCCACCAGGACCCCAAGGGCCACCUGGCAGCCCAGGUCGGGAUGGGGCUAAGGGAGAGAGGGGGCCCCCAGGACCUCCUGGGCCCCCAGCCCCAACUGGACCCUCCACAGCCCAGAUCUCUGAGCAGGGAGAUCCGCUGCUCUCCAACACCUUCACUGAAAAUGGGGGCCUUGGGAUCCAGGGGCCUGUGGGCCCACCAGGCCCCGUGGGGCCCAUGGGUCCCCCAGGUCCCCCAGGCCCGGUGGGCAUUCCAGGCACACCUGGCCACAAGGGUUCACCAGGCCCAUCUGGAGCUGAUGGAAGCAAUGGCCUCCCAGGGGAAAAGGGUGAGCGAGGCUUCCAGGGGGAGCCAGGCCCCCGAGGCUUAGCAGGAGAACGGGGUGAACCAGGCCCCAAAGGUGACCCCGGAGAGAAGGGCCACUGGAACCGGACCUUGGCUCUGGAGCAGGGCCCCCCAUCGCUGGAGCCUCAGGCUUUCCUCGGGGCAAGCGGGCCGGAGGAGCGGCCCCCUACCGCAUCGUCUCCCGUCUCCUGGCCCAAGGAAGUGAAGACCACAAGGACUAAACCUGGUCUGCUCGGGCACCAAGCCGGGCUCGGGACAUACCCCCCUCCCACCUUGGACCCCUUCCAGGCUCCCACAGCCUGGUCCCCAGGGAUACGCUAUCUAUUUAUUGGAGGGAGCUGCCAGGCCCAGGUAUGCAGAGCAGCAGCAGGGAGACUAGACCCAAACUGUCCCCUCCGGCCAUCUGCAGGUGGGAGGACCUGGCUCCCUGCAGGUGGCUCCCAGCUGGGGGGGCCAGGCCUCUCCCCUCCCAUAUCCUCUGCCUAGGGGCUUCCAGGGCCUGGAAGAGGGGGUCACCUCAGGCCCUGAGCGGAAGGACUGGCAGGACGCAGGAUCCCAACCCAGCCUUGUCACCAACUUGCCCCUCUGGGCCUGGGCUCCUCCACAGCUAGGCCGGGGGAAGGGGUCUCAAGCGUUGGAAGGGACCUGUCUGGAGCAGGUUUCCACCCUGUGCCCUCCUUUCAUCUAGCCUUCCCCUCCCCCACAUUCACUUUACAGGGGAGGAAACUGAGGCCCAGAAGCUCAUAGAUAGAACCUUGUGGGUCCUGUCGUCUCACCCCUCCUCUGGAAAAUGGAAGUGACUAGCCCAAAGUCACCCAGGCAGCAAAGAGCAAAGACGGGAUUGGAAUCCAGGCCCCGGACUCUGUGUGCAGUGUUCUGGGAGAUGAGGGAGAUACAGGAUAGUGAGGAAUGGGUGUGGAAAUGCCAAAGCAGCUCUGGCUGGCCCCUUCUGAGGGCUGCCCCUGGCCCGGGAAGCCCACCAGUGAGGAUGCUGGGUCCCCCCCCCCACCUGCCACCAUCUCCCCUUUGUGUAAACCACAGCUAGGAGUUGGGGCGGGGGGGCGCUGACGGCCUAUCAGAGCUAGAGAGGCGCUGGGAGGCCAUCAGUCUGCCUCUUCCCUCCCCACGCCCCCAUUUCUGCAGAGGCUUCUCCCCAAAAUGUGGUGCUGCCCUCCCCUUCCAAUCCCCCACUUGGUACUUGUGGUGCUAUAUUUCCCCUCCAAACUCUUAAGUUCAAGUGCCAGCUGGUCCUCUGAUGGAGGGAAGGGGCAGGGCAGGAUCCUCCUGACCCAAGUGGCCUCCUCAGAGAUGGGUGAGCCCCAGGCUCCCCGACAUCGCAGCUUGUUCCCUCACAGGACCCCUUGCAUAGUCCCCAGGGCACAGGGGGUCAACAGCACGGAGGGAGGGGCAGCCAGAUGCUGGCGGCCACUCUAGGCUGGGGGAAUUGGCAAUAAAGAUCCCUCCUGCUCCAUUUGGUCCUGCUGGGGGGGCCGGGGUGAGUGGGCAGGGUGGGCAUUUUGCUGUAGCUGGGGGGGGAGGGAAGGAGCAGGCUGGGCCCCCAGACUCCUGGCUUCUAUUCCCACGGCCCCCCUGACCCUUUCAUGGAGAGCUUCCUAAUCAUGGGGGCUGAUCCAAAGCUGUGGGAGUGGGGGCUGGCUGCAUUCCAGGUGGGGGACCCAGAGGAGGCGAGGGUCAGAGCAGCCCCCAGGUCUCCCUGGGCACUUACCCAGAAUCCUGCAGGCCCUUUGGCUCUCCUUCUCUGUCUGGCCUUUAGCCCUGGCUCCAAGGCCCAGUUCCACUGUGUUCUCCUGGCCUGGGUCCCUAAGGGGUCUGCCUUAUUCUCACAGCCCAGCCUAGCACACUGUCCCCAACCAACUGUCUGGCUCCUCCUUAACUGACAGGAUGCCAUGGAGAGAAGGGCGGAUUCAGAGUCAGAAGACCUGGGUUCAAAUCCAGGCUCUGCUACUUUCCACCUGUGGGAUCAUGGGAAAGGACACAGGCUCUGACUCCUCACCUGUAAAGUGAACUUAGAUCCUCUGAAGUCCCUUCCAGCUCAGUCUAUGGCAUCUCCAGAGCCAUAACUAAGGUGUACACAGUGAGACUU